AUGAAAUUAAAUGAGUAUUUAUAAGCUAACAUGGAACCCUACAAACCAUUAUUAUUGAAUGAUAGAAAUGAAAAAGGAAUAUCAACUGGAAAUUACAUGAAGCUUAUGAAGAUGAAUGCAUCAAGAUUAAUUUCAAAGUCUGUUGAGUCUCCUAUACAUCCAUUAACAACAAGGCCAACAUUAGAUAUUGUAAAGAAUUCCUAUAAUCUUCCAUAAAUAUAACACUUGGUUGUUGAGAAUCAAGUUUUACAAGCAAAAUUAAAAGAAGAAUAAAAUAAAGCUUAGCUUGCAACCAAUAAAUACCUAUAUUUGUAGAUGAUGUACAAGAAAAUGGAAUAUGAACAACUUAUCAAGUAAGAAUAGUAGAAACCAUAAUUACCCAUUAUUGAUACAUAAAGAGAAUUUAACAAAACCAUCAAAAUAAAGAACGCAAAAGAUGAACAAUUAUCUGAAAGUAUUGGAGAAUCUUAAGGUUAUAUAAGAAAUAGAAUCAAAUCUCUUGCUAAUUAAGCAAAAGAAGAAACACCAAAAGUUUAUAAAGUGAAAUAUUAUUAAAAUAAGAAAGUCUUGUCACCUGAGGAAGUAGCAGCUGAAGUCUAAAAAAUGAAGGAAAGGCAAAGAAUUGAAGAAGAAAAGGAAAAGAAAUUGUAAAAUUUAUGGAAGAAAUUUUUAAGAUGUCAUCUUGUUAUAUUAAUUGUUAUAAGAUGGUCAGAAAAUAUUAGGUAUUUAACAAUAAUAAAAUAAGAAAGAAACGAAAAGAGAAGGAAAAACAAUAAUAGGAAUAAAAUAAAAAAGCUAAACUACUAUUUAAAGAGAUUAAGAAAUAUACUUAAGUCUAAUCAUAAGACAUCAUCAAAAAUUGGGUCAGUAAAAUAACUCUUCGGAUCUAUCAAGGAAUGAUUGGAGAAGAGAUGAAAAAGGUAUUCUCUCAAAAUUUUAAUCCAAAUUAAGUAGAAAAUUAAGAUAUUUAAAAAAAAUGGUUAAUAUAUUUUCUGAUAUUAUUUUUCAAAAAUGUUGAAUAGCAUACAAGAUAAGAUUCUAUGCCUGAUUUUUUGUGUUUCAUGAUGACACUUCAAUUAUAUUCUUAUUAGAAUAAGACUGCAUCAUUAUAUAUAGUUAAAAGAACAACAUAUUUAAAUGGGAAUGUAUUUUCCUUAUCUGAAAAGGAGAUUCAAAUGAUUACAAGUGAAUUUAUUCUAUUCUCAGUAAUAAUUCCAGAAAUUAUUAAUUAAGAUUAAAAAUAAAAGUAUUUUAAUUAACAACAUUAAACUUAAUGUAGAUAAAUAUUUUUACAUAUAUUUAGUUUAUUGUAAAUACUCUUUAUUAGUACAUUUUGUGAUUUACCUGAAAUUAAAUCAACAAAUAAAAUAAAAGUCAUUUAAAAAAGGAUCAUUUAAAAUUAAUAAACUAUGGAAUUGAAAUUUGAAUAAGAUGAUUAAAUAGACUUAAGUUAAGCAAUUGUAGUUGGAUUAGAAAAAAAGCAAAAAUAUGAGAAAUUAUAUAAACAAAAUACUGAAGUUUUAGAUGAUUUAAAACGAUUUUUGGAAAUAAUAUUGGAAAAUAUAAGUGGAAAUGCAUAUAUUUGA